AUGGAUCUAAAUAAACAAGGAUUUGUUGUUGUUCUUCUUCAUUUGUGUAUGCUGGCAUCAGCGAAUGUGGUUUUCCAGGUUCAGCAUAAGUUUGCUGGCAACAAAAGGUCUUUGACUGAACUCAAAGCUCAUGAUUCCGUCCGUCAUGGGAGGAUUCUCUCUGCCGUCGACAUCCCCAUUGGCGGAGACAGCAGCCCCACCUUAGCAGCGCUCUAUUUCACUAAGAUUCGGAUUGGCACUCCACCAAAGGAUUAUCACGUGCAAGUUGAUACCGGAAGUGACCUUCUAUGGGUGAAUUGUGUUGGAUGUCAAAAAUGUCCCAAGAAAAGUGACCUUGGAAUAUCACUUGCGUUAUAUAAUCCGAAGGCUUCCUCGAGUGCAAAAAUCGUUACAUGUGAUCAACAAAUUUGCAGAUCCACACACAAUGCUGCUAUUAGUAACUGUAAGGUGGGAAAGCAGUGUUCCUAUUCCGUUACAUAUGGCGAUGGGAGCUCAGCCACUGGAUAUUUUGUUAAAGAUAUUGUACAAGUUGACCGAGUUUCUGGCGACCAUCAAACCACAUCAAUGAACGGAAAUAUAGCAUUCGGGUGCGGAUCUCAAAAAUCUGGAGAUAUGGGUUCAUCACAAGCAGCAUUGGAUGGAAUAUUAGGGUUUGGACAAGCAAACUCUUCUAUGCUUUCACAACUUGCUUCAGCUAAAAAAGUGAAAAAGAUAUUUUCACAUUGCUUAGAUGGCUCUAAAGGAGGCGGCAUAUUUGCUAUCGGAGAAGUGGUACAGCCGAAAGUAAAGACAACCCCAAUGAUUCCUGAUCAGGAGCAUUAUAAUGUUGAAAUGAAGGCAAUUGAGGUAGGUGGUCAAGUUCUACGACUUCCAAGCGGUAUAUUUGGCCCAAGCGGGAAACGAGGAAUAAUCAUUGAUAGUGGUACGACCUUAGCUUAUUUACCUGAUCUGGCUUACAAGCAAGUUAUGGAAAAGAUAAAAGUUGCACAACCUAAAAUAAAGAGUCACAUUGUUGAUCAGCAAUUCACAUGCUACAAGUACUCUGGAAAUGUUGACAAGGGUUUUCCUGUUGUAACUUUUCACUUUGCGAAUUCACUUUCUUUGAAAGUUUAUCCCCAUCAAUACCUCUUUGAAGUAGAGGAUCAUGAAUGGUGCGUUGGUUUUCAGGACAGCAACUUGCAAACUAAGGAUGGGAAAGAUUUAACUUUGUUAGGAGAUCUUGUAUUGACAGAUAAGGUGGUGACAUACGAUAUGGAAAAGAAGACGAUCGGAUGGAUUGAGCAUAACUGCUCUUCAAGCAUCAAAGUAAAAGAUGACGAAUCUGGGAAACUGUAUUCUGUUAGUUCCCAUAAUAUAUCUCCUGCAGGCCGUAUCAAUGCUUCAACUGGAAUCAUUGUAGCUUGCUUCAUGACUCUAAUGGUUGCUACCUUCAUCAAGCAAAGGCUCGAUUGA